AUGGAAGGAGCCGAGAACACCCAGGGAGGUAACUCCAGCAGCGCCGAUCGCAUGGUUGGCAUGGAGCACUCCGAAGUGCGCUAUUUCACCAGCUACGAUCACCACGGUAUCCACGAAGAGAUGCUUAAAGACGAUGUCCGUACCCGCUCCUACCGCGACUCCAUCUACCAAAACCGCCACCUCUUCAAGGACAAGGUUGUCCUCGAUGUUGGCUGCGGUACCGGUAUCCUCAGCAUGUUCGCUGCCCGUGCUGGUGCCAAGCAUGUGAUCGGUGUCGACAUGUCCUCCAUCAUCGAGAAGGCCAAGCAGAUCGUUCACGUCAACGGGCUUUCCGACAAGAUUACCCUCCUCCAGGGCAAGAUGGAGGAGGUUCACCUCCCCUUCCCAAAGGUUGACAUCAUCAUUUCCGAGUGGAUGGGUUACUUCCUUCUCUACGAGUCCAUGCUGGACACCGUCCUGUAUGCCCGUGACACCUACCUCGCCCCCGGUGGCAAGAUCUUCCCCGACAAGGCCACCAUGUACGUUGCUGGUAUUGAGGAUGGCGACUACAAGGACGACAAGAUCGGAUUCUGGGACAACGUUUAUGGCUUUGACUACAGCCCCAUGAAGGAGAUCGCGCUCACCGAGCCCCUCGUUGAUACCGUCGAGAUGAAGGCCCUUGUCACCGACCCUUGCCCUAUCAUCACCUUUGAUCUGAACACUGUCACUGUUGCCGACCUCGCCUUCAAGGUCCCCUACAACCUCACUGCCAAGCGCAGCGACUUCAUCCAUGCCAUGAUCGCUUGCCCAUCCACUUCUCUACUGGCCCCCCACGCCAAGUACACCCACUGGAAGCAGACCGUCUUCUACCUGCGUGAUGUUCUCACUAUUGAGGAGGAUGAGCAGGUUUCCGGCUGGCUGGAGAACCGCCCUAAUGACAAGAACAAGCGCGACUUGGACAUCAACUUGUCGUACAAGUUUGAGAUUAACGACCCCACCCGCUUUGCCGAGGGCAGCUGCUUCUACCGCAUGUGCUAA